AUGCCAGAAGCUCUGCUGCACAGCUGGUUCCGAGUCGUGCCCCUGCCGCUCGACAUCAGCCUGCAGCUUGAGGUGGAUGGGCGGCCCUGGGGCGGCCGGUUUGGCAGCACCAUCAACCGUGGGCGCACGUUGAGGAGGGGCGUGCGCAUGCUGGGGGAGCUGGAGGGCUGGCGCCUGACCGCCAUCCGGCGCGCGGCCGGCCGCAACGCGCUCGACCUCAUCCUCACUUGCAGCGGUCGGCAGCAGCAGCAGCAGCAGCAGCAGCGGCAGCAGCAGCAGCAGCAGCAGCAGCAGCAGCAGCAGCAGCAGCAGCAGCAGCAGCAGCAGCAGCUGCUGCUCAAGGCGCACAACACAGCUGCCGCUCUGCGGCCGCGCCGCGGCGCCGUCUACGGUGCUGCUGCGAACCCUGAGCCAGCCGCGUAG